AGUACUUCUCAGUCAUUACCCUCGAACUCAACACGGGGUAAACUACGCAUUACUUUAUCAGUUCUAUAUUUGCUAUAGCCUAGUUGCGGUAUCUGCUUCUUUUCCUGAAUGCAAAUCUGCAGCCUUUUGCAGCAUUAAGGACCAUUACAAAGACCUGUAGGUUUUUUAUUUUCAUUUUUUUUCUGCUGAAACCCGCCUGGAUCUUGCAGAAUGGAUUUGCUUUUGCUUCUGUGUGUCCUGAUGAGUUUCUGCGCGUGGGUCUCCUCUGCCGAGAGACACAGCGUAUUUUGGAACAGCACCAACCCAAAGUUCAAGUGGAAUGACUAUGUGGUGAAGGUGAAGCUGAAUGACUACCUGGAUAUCGUGUGCCCGCACUACCCGCUGGGCGAGGUGCCAUCUCAGGAUGCCGAGCGCUACGUGCUGUACAUGGUGGAGCGUGAAGACUACGACACGUGCCAGCCCCAGUCCUACGACCAGAUGCGCUGGGAGUGCGGACACCCUUUUGCCCCGCACGCGCCCGAGAAGUUCUCUGAGAAGUUCCAGCGCUUCACCCCCUUCACGCUGGGCAAGGAGUUCCGCCAGGGAGAAAGCUACUACUAUAUCUCCAAACCGCUCCAUCACCAUGGCGAGGAGUGCUUGCGUCUCAGGGUGGACGUCGUGGCGACUGAUGGCUCUCAGGAAGCUCAUGUCGGAGCCGGAGGUGGUGUGCACAACCCAUCCAACAGACUCCCAGCAGAUGACCCAGUGGUAGGCCGCCUGCCUGAGGUCCAGAAGAGCGUGAAGACCAUAUCGGCAGGGUCGUCAUUGAGCGUCUCCCUCUCCACACUGCUGCUGACGGUCUUACUACUGCUGUCGCUGCAGUGAGACGCUAAGAAGACUACAAAUCAUUAAAGAUCUGAGUCUUUAAAGGACUACAGUAACGGUGGCCUGUUGUGGCCAUACUUCAUACAGACAGUUCCCUAUAGCCUGGUGCUGGUCGCUGGGAGAGGGAUGUGUACAGAAGGAAUGUUCCGGCUCAGAAGGUUGGGAUGUUAGGGAAUAUGUUCCCUGAGGCUGUAGUCAACCUUUUCUCCUUUUUGAGAACCAAGACGUCAGUAUUUUUCUGGAAGGAUUUCCUCUUGUCAAGGGAAGCUUUUUUUUUUUUUUUUUUAGAAGAUUCCCUCUUCCUUACUCUUAUUAUGACAAAAGCUUAACUUUUGGAGAAGUGCUUAAACUAUGAAGAACAAUAACCUUAACACUUAAAGGAAAAAACUAAAUUCACAAAGGACUCCACACAGAGAGCUCAGAAACCGAUGGAAGAACACAUCCAUCGAGUAAAUGCUGAUUCUGAACCGGUUCAGAUUCUGGUCCUUUUCGGGCCCAGGUCCGGCUCUAUUCUGGCCCAGACUCAGCCAUUAUCUGGGACUAGUUGACGACCACAUGAGCCAAAGACAGCAGUGUCAUGUUCUCAUAUGUACAGAAACCCUCAAUGUUGUUUUGUCUUGUAUAGGAUGGGGGAAGUGUUUUUUUAAAUGUAGCAUCAGAGGAAGAAGAAGAAAAAAAAAAAGAGAGAACAGGGUUGAAUCUGUCCACUGCUACUGACUCCAUUGGACCAUGUGCUCAAAUAGCACUGACCAAACAAGAUCAUACCACUACACACACACACACACACACACUCACACACACACACGGCUACAGUCCAUUACACACUUUGACACGCACACAGUCAGACAUUCACAUAAUGAACUCAUGACACACUCACACAAAAAAGUUGUAACACUAAAGUGUAAAUGUUGUUGAAUAAUUUAUGAAGUUUGCUGUGAGCAAAUGACUGUACAUAACGUGAACAAAUUAUGUGAAAUGUUUACUGCAUGGAACGAGAGUGUGAAAAGCGCGAGAGAGCGAGAGAGAGAGAGAGAGAAAGAAAGGAAAAAAAACAAGCGUGGCCGAAAGAGUACAACAAUGUGUGUGUGAGCAAAAGCAAAAGGAACAAAAGACAUUAAUUUGCCAAAAAAAAGAAAGAGAACAGAAACGUGGCACAGAGGGAGGCAGGCCUCUCAUUUUUCUACCGCGGAACCCUAAGCAUUUAAAACUGCCAAGGACAAUCACUCCAGUCAAACCACAACUCACCGUCAAACACCCCCCACGCCCCCCUCCCCGGGGUCUCCCCACGCAGCACAGCCUGUCAAAAUGGAAUACGUGAAAAGAUUCAAACUCCAAAGAUUUAGGCUCCCAAAACCACUGGCGAAGAACUUUGUCUGUAAUAUCUGACAGUGCUUUACCUCCGGCAGAGGAACAGAUUUCUCCUCUAAAACACUCCAAGAAACACACACCAGAUGAACACUAUUUGAAUUGGACCUUAAAAUUAAUACUGUAAAGUUGAUUUUAGAAAUAUUACACUGACAAGCACAAAUAGAAAAACACCUGGGGUGUUGUUGGUACAACAGAAGCACAUGUGUAUACACUCUGCAUGCAGGGAUGGGGGGUUUUGUACGGCCGACGCACAGCUUAAUAACGAACACUGACAGAAUCACUUCAUUAUGAUUCCUUCUGAGACCUUCUUUUGUACAAGUGUAUGUAAAAGUGUAUCAUAUGUGUAUAUAUAGAGGAUUAUAUAAAAAGAGACUCCUUUGAUAUUGAUUAAUGUGAAAAUUCUUAUGUGAAAUAAACAAUAUUUUUGGGAAAACCACACCCGUGAA